AUGGAACUGAAUUUAAACCGAGCAGAUUAUUUACAGGUAGGUGUGACAUCUCAGAAGACUAUGAAACUGCUUCCUGCCUCAAGACAUAGAGCUACACAAAAGGUGGUUAUUGGAGAUCAAGAUGGAGUAGUUAUGUGUUUCGGCGUGAAGAAAGGAGAAACAGUGACAGUAUUUAAGACUUUACCAGGGCAGAAGAUCGCAAGACUGGAGCUAGGAGGGGUUCUCAACACACCUCAAGAAAAAAUCUUUAUUGCUGCUGGAUCUGAAAUUAGAGGCUUCACAAAGAGAGGGAAACAGUUCCUCUCUUUUGAAACAAAUCUCACUGAAAGUAUUAAAGCUAUGCACAUAUCUGGCUCAGACCUCUUUCUCAGUGCAAAUUAUAUCUACAACCAUUAUUGUGACUGCAAGGACCAACAUUAUUACCUUUCUGGGGACAAAAUCAAUGACAUUAUCUGCCUUCCAGUGGACCGAUUACCGCGUAUUACACCAGUAUUGGCCUGCCAAGAUAGAGUUCUUAGAGUUUUACAGGGAUCUGACCUCUUGUAUGAAGCUGAAGUUCCUGGACCACCUACAGUCUUAGCACUACAAAAUGGAAAUGGCGGAGACUCUGGAGAGGACCUUUUGUUUGGAACGUCAGAUGGAAAACUUGGGCUUAUUCAAAUCACUACCUCUAAUCCAGUACAUAAGUGGGAAAUUCGAAAUGAGAAAAAGAGAGGGGGUAUUUUGUGUGUUGAUAGCUUUGACAUCAUGGGUGAUGGAGUUAAAGAUUUACUUGUUGGGAGAGAUGAUGGAAUGGUGGAAGUAUAUAGUUUUGAUAAUGCAAAUGAACCUGUUCUACGAUUUGAUCAGGCUUUGUCUGAAAGUAUCACAUCCAUCCAGGGUGGUUGUAUAGGGAAAGAUGGCUAUGAUGAAAUCGUGGUAUCUACAUAUUCGGGCUGGGUCACAGGUUUGACAACUGAACCUGCUCAUAAGGAAAGUGGACCAGGAGAAGAACUAAAAAUUAAUCAGGAGAUGCAGAAUAAGAUUUUUUCUUUACGGAGUGAGUUGGAACAGCUACAGUAUAAAGUUCUGCAGGAAAGAGAGAAGUAUCAACAGUCUUCUCAAUCAAGCAAAGCAAAAUCAGCAGUACCUUCAUUUAGUGUAAAUGACAAAUUUAUAUUAAAUAAAGAUGAUGCUAGCUACAGCCUCCUUUUAGAGGUCCAGAUAGCAAUAGAUAAUGUCUUAAUACAGAGUGAUGUUCCAAUAGAUUUACUGGAUGUGGAUAAAAAUUCUGCUGUUGUCAGCUUUAGCAGCUGUGAUGCUGAGUCAAAUGGCAAUUUCCUUCUUGCCACUUACCGAUGCCAAGCAAAUACCACAAGACUGGAACUCAAGAUUCGCUCAAUUGAAGGCCAGUAUGGCACACUUCAAGCUUAUGUGACUCCCAGAAUUCAACCUAAAACCUGCCAGGUCCGCCAGUACCAGAUAAAACCCCUUUCACUUCAUCAAAGAACUCAUGUUAUUGAUCAUGACAGACCCAUGAACACACUGACUCUAUCAGGCCAGUUCAGUUUUGCUGAAGUUCACUCCUGGGUGGUCUUUUGCCUUCCUGAAGUUCCUGAAAAACCUCCAGCAGGAGAAUGUGUGACAUUUUACUUUCAGAACACAUUUUUGGAUACACAACUUGAAAGUACCUACAGAAAAGGAGAAGGACUUUUUAAAUCUGACAACAUUUCUACUAUAUCCAUCCUAAAAGAUGUGCUGUCUAAAGAAGCUACAAAAAGGAAAAUUAACCUCAACAUAUCAUAUGAGAUAAAUGAAUUAUCUGUCAGACAUACUUUAAAGCUAAUCCACCCAAAAUUGGAGUAUCAGUUGCUUUUGGCUAAGAAAGUGCAGUUAAUUGAUGCUUUAAAAGAAUUGCAGAUUCAUGAGGGAAAUACAGAUUUUUUGAUACCAGAAUAUCGCUGUAUUCUAGAAGAGGCAGAUCACUUACAGGAAGAAUAUAAAAAGCAGCCUACACAUCUUGAAAGACUCUAUGGCAUGAUUACCGAUCUCUUCAUAGAUAAAUUCAAGUUCAAAGGCACCAAUGUGAAAACCAAAGUACCUUUUCUUCUAGAGAUUUUGAACAGUUAUGACCAAAAUGCACUGAUUACUUUCUUUGAUGCUGCAUGA